AUGGCAGACAUAGAUGGGGGAAACCAAACGUCGGUCACGGAAUUCAUCCUCCUGGGAUUCAGGGAUACCCCGGAACUACAGCCUCUUCACUUCCUGCUUUUCCUGGUGAUCUACACAGCGACCGUGGCUGGGAACAUCCUCAUCCUUGUACUUGUAGUGGCCGAUCCGCACCUCCACACCCCCAUGUACUUCUUCCUGGGGAACCUGUCCUGCUUGGAGACCUGCUACAGCUCCGCCAUCCUGCCCCGGCUGCUGGCCAGUCUCCUGACGGGGGACAGGUCUAUUUCUCUCAGUGCAUGCAGAACACAAUAUUACAUCUUUGGCUGCUUAGCAGCUUCCGAAUGUUACCUGCUAGCCGUGAUGUCUUACGACCGAUAUUUAGCAAUAUGCAAGCCCCUGCAUUAUAUGGUCAUUAUGUAUGGCAAGUUUUGCCUCCUGCUAGCCGCUGGGUCUUGGGCAAGCGGGUUCCUUGCUAGUUCCAUAGUCACAGGAAUGAUGUUACAAUUAAAUUUCUGCGGCCCCAAGGAAAUUGACCAUUUCUUUUGUGAUUUCAGCCCCUUGCUGAACAUCUCCUGUAGUGACACUCGCCUGGUGGAACUUUCGGCUUCCACCCUGUCCUUUAUAUUCACCCUGCCCCCAUUUCUACUGACCGUGACAUCCUACGCUUCUAUCAUUCGCGCCAUCUUGCGAAUCCCGUCCACCACCGGGAGGCAAAAGGCCUUUUCCACCUGCUCCUCCCACCUCAUGGUGGUGACCGUUUUCUACGGGACCAUCACGGUUGUGUAUGUGUUACCCAGAACUGACACACUGCGAGACCUGAACAAAGUGUUCUCCCUGCUCUACACGGUCCUGACCCCCCUGGCCAACCCGCUCAUCUACAGCCUGAGGAACAGAGAGGUCCAGGAAGCCCUGAGGAUAGUGCUCAGUAAAUGGUGGGUUUCAGUAGAAUUCAAGCCUUGCAAGCUAAUUUGA